AUGUUUAUGGAUUUAGGCACGAAUUUUCGAAGAACCGAGGAGCUUAUUUGGCGCAAAGCAUUUUACGAACCUUAUUUCCUGUAUAAAGUUUACAUUAAGAACAAUGAUCAACAAGACCGUAUCAAGUUGUUUGAGAAUAUGCUUGUCGUCCAUAUCCUCAGUGCUAUAGGAUACUAUCAGUCUCUCAUUUUAGCUUUCCAAUCAGAGUUAGGAGAUACACAAUCUAAUAACUUAUGUUCAUGGACCCCAAUAGCUUUGCAUAUCCCUCUUUACUGUGGAGUGUUCUUUGAGUUUGAGGAAAAGCAUAAUCCCUCUGUGGAGAAUAAGUCUGCAGUUAUCAAGUUGAUACACAAAUGUCUGACAAAUAUCGGAGACCUAUUUCGCUAUCUAAUUGAUUUCGGUGAUUCUAACGCUAAGCGACUUGCUUAUCGAUAUUACAGAGCGGCUUUUUAUUUUGAUCCUCUUAUGGGACUGCCUCACAAUCAAUUGGGCAUUUUAGAUGUUGGACGUUGCUACGGCCUAAAUGCCGUUUUCCAUUAUUUACGUUGCUUAACAUCCCGUUCGCCUUUUGAGGGUGCUAAAGGAAAUCUCAUCACUGUAUUGGCUAAAAAUGAGCUUCGUUAUGGUAUAAUUAUUCGCGAAAAGCCGUCUAAAAGUUCACGCAUCCGAUAUGCUUCUUAUUUCAGACCAAAAGAUUUCCGGAAGAAUAUCAUGAAAUUCAUCUACCUAAUUCAGCAGUUCCUGAAACCUGUAGAGUCUAGGGAUCCCGCAACAGAAAAUAUUUUUCAUGAUGUACUUGCGGAACUACAUUCUUCGUUACUACUUACUGAUCAUUUAACUGUACGGUCUGAAAGUAUUACUUAUUCAGAACAUACCAAUACCAAGUAUUUAAAAAUGGGCGAAGUUAAAGAAAAACCAGAUCGUGUAGAUGAAACAUCUGAUCAGUUGACAGGACCUAUUUUUAUUAGAAUGCUACUUAUUUCUAUACUUACUUAUGAGUAUAUACACCAGCUUAACUUAGAAGAUCGCAAUAAAUCAAGUGGGAAAAAAUUAGACGAAAAUUCAAAUAUAGAAAGCAAUUCUCCUCAACAAUCUAAAAUCACUUCAGCCUCUACCAGUUUGAUGACUGGUGAAGAAGAAAAAGCCAUUCAGAUCGAUUCUUCCGAUAAUUGUUCAUCUGCAGUAACUAAUAAGUGUGAAUCAUCUUCACUUGCGGCUAUCCCUGAUCUUUAUGAACCUUUAUCAUUCGCUUUGAGCAUUGGAGAACUUUAUUUAACUCAUGUAUGUAGACAAAUCUACUAUCGUCUAGGUCAGUUCAUGGAAGAUCCUAAGAGAAAACCAAACAAUUCAGGCAUCUCUACAAAUUCUUAUAAUUUAUGUACUGAUUGUUCAGUAUGUUCUGAUCCAUCUAAUCCUUCAGAAAAUCUGAACUGCAAGCAUAUUUUAAAUGACCAGCCAUUACCCAGUAAUGUCUCGUCAACCGAACACCCUGAAGCUAUGUCAGAACUUGUUAAUCCUGACGAUGAAUUAGAUGAUUCUGGUGACGUUAAAUGUACAAGGACUAGCUCACAUGAAAGUAUACACAGCAAUACAGAUAACGAUGAAGAUGAUGAAGAUCAUGCAAGAUUACGAUUUCGUCGAUACUCUUCAGACGAAGAUUCAGAACAUGAGUUUGUAGAACGGGGAACUGACGAAAAUGAUAACGAUUCAGAUACAGAUUUUUGGGGUUCUGAUGGUUCUGAUGAUUAG